AUGUCUCACGAAUCCGUCUGGUACAGCCGCCCCCGUAACUACGGCAAGGGCUCUCGUCAAUGCCGUGUUUGCACCCACCAAGCUGGUUUGAUCCGCAAGUACGGUCUCAACCUGUGCCGUCAAUGCUUCAGAGAGAAAGCCACCCAGAUCGGCUUCAUCAAGUACCGGUAA